GUUAUUUUUAUUUUAAACUAUUAAUUUAUCAAUUUGGAUUUUUUUUAUUUUACAAUGGAUAAUUCAUUGGAAUCAAUUCAAUUGCAAAUAUAUAUUGGUGGUGGAAUUGGGCUAUUUUGUAUUUUACUUUUAUUUAUACUCGUCAUUGUGUUAUUUGUAAAAAUUAAUCAUUUAAAAAAUGAUAGAUCCAAUCAAUUGGUUAGCCAAAGAAACAUGAUGGCUGAUUUUUGUUAUACAAAUCCAACAAUUGUACCUGGUGAAGAAUUAUCAAGACGUGGAUUUUCAAUGUACGAUGGAAGAAUUGACAUAACAAGUGAUACAACAACAUCACCAUCAAUGAUACAAAAAAAUAAUCAUGAAUAUGGUGUUUAUCGACAUGAAGAAUCACGAUCACAAUUUUAAAUAUAUUUUUUUAUAUAUAUUUAUUCACGUGGUUAAAUAUGCAAGAAAAAAUAUUUAAAUAAUCAAAUACAUAUAUAUUUAUUAAUUACAUAAUCAUAUUUUUUUAAAGAAUAUUUUUUAACACCUCAUGUUGAGCUUAUAUAUAUAUAUUUAGUGUUAUAAAAUCAGUGAUGAGACAGUGUUAUGUAGAAAGAACAAGAGCCUGGAAUAUUUUGUAAUUGGUAUAAAAUCAUGGUGCAAACACAUUGGUGAAGAUAUAGCCAGAGGGUUGGUGGGUGGUGUUACGUGCCGUAACCCUGGUUACCAAAAGUGAACAACGCUAUUAUAGUGUGUGUUUAAAAAACCUCUUUUUCUCUAUCAUUUUGUACACGCAUAUAUCUGUAAAUAAUCAUUAUGUAAUAUCUAACAUUUGAUAUAAAUAUAAAAAAUUCACAGCAACUUAAAACAAAUCGAAAUAACAAAAAAAAAGAAAGGACAAAUCAAAUUAUUGUUAUUGUUAUUUAUGAAUUCAAUUAUUUCGAUUGUUGGUAAAGCUUAUAAUCUCAAGCUAUUACUCCGGCUUUUCUGGUAAAUCCCCUUAUGUUAAACCAACAAUAGCUGCCACAAUGCAACGAUAUUUCUUUAGUGCACGCAACUUGUCAAGUGUUUAUACUGCUAUAUCAUCCCUUUAAUUUUUUUUUAUUUGUUCACAUUUAUGUUUAUUAAAUUUAUAAUUUUUAUAAAUAUAUAUUUAUUGUUAUUAAAACAAUGUGAAACAAUUUUUUUUCAUUAUUAAUUUAUCUUUAAUAUAUAACAGUUGAAAUUUUAUUUUAAUUGUUAAAUUUUAAUAUUUUAGAUUAAUUUUUAAUUAAAAUCUUAUAAGAAAAUUAUUUUGGCAUUUAAAAAAUAUUAAAUUUCCCAUUUUUUUUGUCUUUUCUUUUUGUCCAACUUUGAUGUAUGUUAUUUUUAUUUUAUUGUCAAUAUAUAAUAAUCUUGUAUAUAAGAAGAAAAAAAAAAUAGAGGAUAAUGAGACGUGUGCCGCGGGGUCACAAAUAACUCACAAAUAAGAAAAACCCGGGGGCGACGACAAUCAUAUGUUCAUGUUUUUUUCUACCAAUUAUAACAAUGCUUUCGAAUGAUAUAUAUAAAUUUUUGAAAUGAUGAUAACCAUUCACUUGACUCGUCAUUGGUUUCAUUGCUUUCGUAGCACAUAUAUAUUAUUAUUUUUUUAUUUCUUAAAUAUAGGUAUUGUUAAUAUUGUGCCUUUGUAAAUUGUGAGACUGACGUGAACAAUUGGACACGAGGACACGUGACAAUCCACGUUAAAAAAAUAUCCUGCUGAGUUGACACGAGACGUUUGUAUUAUUUUACUAUUCUCAUAUACAAGAAUGAUAAUUACUAAAAAAUCAAAAAUUUCUUUUAUCAUGCUGUCAACAAUCAAUGUAUAUUUAUGCAAUAAUUUUACAUCAUCAUUACUGGCUAUUAAAAAAUUUAUAAUUAUAAAAUAAUUGUAUGAUUUUUUUUUUUUUAAAUAACAAUUAAUAAUAAUAAGCUAAAAAAAAA